AUGGCAGAAGAAAUGAGGGUUCUUCUUCAAGAGAAAGACGAAUGGAAAAUCAGCUUUCGGAAUAAACAUGACUUUAGAGGUUUAGUAGCACUUCAAUUACAACAAGGCAAGACCAUCGAAGCGCUUUUUACAGCUGAGGCGGGGCGAGCACAAGCUCUCGUGGAUCUCAUGGAGUCGCAUUAUGGAGGCAAAAAAUCAUUUCAAUCGUCGUCCAAACUGCAGAUGGAACUGACACUAUCUAACAUUUCAAGCCAUAUUUCGUCACCUACGCUAUUUCUAGACAGAGACAGAGGCAGAGACAGAGACAGAGACGCGUGCGACGAAGCAGUGUAUCUUUGGCUUCUGCUAAAGGGACAGUGUCAGUUUGUGCGAAAGGAAAUCAGUGUGGAGUUGAAAAAAUUGAUUGACCAAACAUACAAUCAGAUUGGUGGUAAGAGAAGAGGUAGGAGCGAUAAUCGUUCCCCGGAUGGGCCAGAAGAUGAAGAAAUCGACGACUUGUCCGAUAGGGGUACAGAGGCGUCUGCAUCGUCAUCACAGCAAGACAAGGGGGGUGCUUUAAAAACGUUGUACGAGUUGCUUAUUGCUCCAAUCUCACAUUUGAUAAAAGGUGAUGAACUCAUCAUUGUUCCUGACGGAUCUUUCUUUCACAUUCCUUAUGCCGCCCUUGUGGACCAGUAUUCCAAGUAUUUGUCUGAAACGCUGAGAAUUCGGCUGGCUCCAUCACUUACCUCCUUAAGAUUACUGGCAGAAUGUCCGGAGGGGCGUCAUAGUACAUCUGGUGCACUACUUGUUGGUAAUCCGUGGGUGGAAACAGUACGCAUUAACCGCAGAAAGUUACCGCAGCUCCCUGGUGCUGAGAAAGAAGUAAAAAUGAUUGGACAGAUUCUCAACAUUGUGCCUCUCACUGGUAAGAACGCUACAAAAGAGCAAGUUUUAAGCAGGCUUAACCCAGUGUCCUUAAUACACAUUGCAGCUCAUGGUCGAACAGAAAACGGAGAAAUUAUUUUAUCUCCUAAUCGUGCUAGUGUGGACAGACCAAAACAGGAGGACUUUCUUUUGACGAUGACAGAUGUAUUGGCUGCAAAACUGCACGCCAAGCUUGUUGUAUUAAGCUGCUGUCACAGUGGGCAAGGGCCAAUCAAAGCCGAAGGAGUGGUUGGUAUCGCACGUGCCUUUUUAGGAGCCGGUGCUCGUUCUGUUAUCGCGACACUGUGGGCGAUUGACGACGAAGCCACUCUGGAGUUUAUGAGACACUUUUACGAACAUUUGGUAGCAGGGCAAAGUGCAAGUAAGUCGCUUCAUCAGGCUAUGAAAUGUAUACGGGAGUCUGGGGAAUACAAAGCUGUGAAGCAUUGGGCCCCUUUUGUGCUGAUUGGUGAUGACGUGACAUUGAAUUUCAGCCAAUGA